AUGGUAGAAUUGAAGGGUGCUGGAUCGAGUACAAGCAAAAAUCUAGCCACCGAAAUUAUAAAAAUCUUAAAAAAAUAUGACAUUGAUUUAAGACAGAUAGUGUCAGUUACGUCGGAUAAUGGCGCAAAUAUGCUCAAAGCAACUAAAAUAUUAUCUUUUGUUUCCGAAGAAGAAUCGGAAGAAUAUGAAGCAGACUGCACAAAUGAUGAAUAUCUCAAAAAAAUUGAACUUUUGGAGGAAAUACCAGAUAUGUUAUUGGGCAACAUUCAAGUUUGCCGCUGUGCAGCUCAUACUGCGCAACUUUGUGCUCUUGACGUGACAAAAUCCUCAGCUAUAACAAAAUACUUAUUAGCAUCCCGUAAUUUGACAAAAUAUGUGAGAAAAACAACAAACGGAUAUCGAGAUAUUUUUGAAUUGAAGCAAUUGAAGAUGCCGCAACUAGACUGUCCAACAAGAUGGGGUUCGACCUUCACAAUGGUAGAAAAUUUGAAGGCAGCAAAAGACGUUCUAACAAAAAUCGAGUCCGUUAAAUAUAAGAGCCAAGACGAAAAUUUCGAGAUUGACGACUCUUUUUGGGAAUUCAUCGGCAGCUAUUGCCUCGUAUUUAGUCCAUUGCAAAAAGCUAUAAAAAUAUUUCAAGAAGAGCAACUUCACUAUGAUUCGAACCACCCACUAAUUAAAACAAUUGGUGAUAUGAUAUUGCAGUCCUUUGAAAAAAGAACAAACACGUUAAUGCGCAAUAACAGUUUGAUGUCAUGUUUGUAUUUGGAUCCUCGGUUCCAUCACACCUUAACAGCGAACCAAAAAAUGGAAGCAACACAAUAUUUAAAAACAAUAUGGGAUAGAAUUAAUGAAACUAACCCGAAUUCAAGUGCACAUCAAACACCCAACCAAUUUUUUGAUGUUGAAGAUGAAUUAUUAAACGAAUAUUUAUCGCAAGGUAUUGAAGCUAACGUUGGUACUGCUACCGAUGUACAUACAAAAAUUAAAAAUCUGCAGCUACCAAUCCUAAGAAGUGAUUCAAACGUUCUAAUAUUUUGGAAGGAAAAGCAGUUUACUGAUCCAGAGAUGUACGCGUUAAGCAAUGUCUGCUUUGCAAUACCACCCACUCAGGUGACGAUUGAACGUGCAUUUUCCAUGCUGAAGCUAAUACUAACGGACUCCAGGAAUCGGUUAAGUGAGGAAACAUUGGAAAACAUAUUGCUAGUAAAGCUGAAUCCGAACUUCCUCGAAGCUGCUAUAGACAAUGUGCCACUCUUUCAACACCCGGAUGAGGAACAAGAUUAA